AUGAAUAAAGACAAUUUAAUCAAAAUUGUUCAAGGUACUUUAGAUGCCGACAAUAACAUUAGAAAACAUAGUGAACAAGAACUUCACGUGUAUGAAAGACAACCUGGUUUCACUGAGUAUUUGUUGGAUUUGAUUUCUGAACCUGGUAUUUCAAGUGGAGUUCAACUUUCUGUAUCAGUGUUCUUUAAAAAUAGAGUGGUAAAUCAUUGGCUUGCCCCAGAAAAUAGUAAAGAUACUUCAAAGACUAUUGCUGAUAAUGAAAAACCAGGAAUUAAAGAAAAAUUGGUUCAUACCAUCAUGAAGACUUAUCAACAUCAAGUUAUUUGUCUUCAAUUAUCCACCGCAUUACAUAAUAUCUUGGAUUUAGAUAAAUGGGAUGAUAUGGUAACUAUUAUUAAAAACUUAAUUCAACAAGGUGAUGAAUCGUCAAUUAUGACUGGGUUGAUUUGUUUAUAUGAAUAUACUAGAAAUUAUAGAUGGUCAGGUUUAAGUUCGGGAAAUCCAGCUUUGGAAGAAGUUUGUAAUGAAAUUUUCCCAUUAUUAGAAUCAUUAACUGAAAAUUUAAUUAAUUCAUCUGAUUCAUCCCCAAUUACUGAUGAAAUGUUAUAUCGUAUACUUAAAAUCUUUAAAUUUACUACUUUCUCAGUGUUACCAACUUAUAUUCAAAAUCCUGAUCAUUUAGGAAAAUGGUGUCAAUAUCAUAUUUUAAUCAUUAAAAAACCUUUGCCACCUCAAGUAUUGCAGGAAGAUGAUGUCGAUCAAAGAACCAAACAUACAAGAGUUAAAACCAUUAAAUGGUGUUUUGCCAACUUACAUAGAUUAUUAAGUCGUCAUGGUGGUGGUAUGAGUACUAGAGAAAAGAAAGAAAGUCAAUUUGUGGUUAUGUUUUUAAAUAAUUUCGUUCCUGAAAUUUUAUCAUCAUAUUUUGAAAUUAUUGAAAAUUGGUCUUCAAAAAAGACUUGGUUAAGUGAACCUUCAUUAUAUCAUUUAAUUUCAUUCUUGGAACAAUUGAUUGAUACUCCUUCUUGGAAUUUAAUUAGUGAUAAACAAGAUGCUAUUAUAAAACAUGUUCUUUUACCAACUUUAAUAGCCACCGAUGAAACAGUUGAAUUAUAUGAAGAUGAUUCUGAAGAAUAUAUUAGAAGAUUCUUUGAUAUUAAUAGAGAAUCAACUACGGCCGAUGUUGCAUCUUUCAAUUAUCUUUAUAAAUUAGCCUCAAAGAAAUUUAAAUCAACUGCUAAUUUAAUCUUAGGUAUCCUUAAUGAAGUAUUUAAUAAAAGAGCUGCUAAUCGUAAUGAUUUAACCAUUGCUAAGGAAACUGAAGGUGCUUUAAGAAUGUUAUCAAGUAUUGUAUUUAAAUUAAAUACUAAAGCUUCUCCAGUUCAUGGUCAAAUUGAUAAAGUUUUAUUAACUUUUGUUUAUCCUGAAUUUGGCGAUGAUGUUUUAGCUACUACUCCAUGGUUAGUAGCAAGAGCUUGUGAUACUAUUGCUCGUUUCCAAUAUCAAUAUCAAGAUCCUCAAGCUUUAGAAUCUAUUUUCCAAAGUGUGGUUAAAUGUUUCCAAACUGAAGGUCAUUUCCCAGUUCAAUUAACUGCAGUUGAUGCUUUAACUACCUUAGUUAAACAAGAUUCUGUUGCUGAAACAGUUGCAGCUCAAGCUCCACAUUUAAUGAAUAAAUUAUUAGAAAUGUCAAAACGAUCAGAAAAUGAAAUUAUUGCUGUUGCUAUGGAAGAAUUCGUGGAAAGAUUUGCAAAGAAUUUAGAACCUUAUGCCAAAGAAUUAACUGCUAGUUUGUGUACUCAAUUCCUUUCUAUUGCUUAUGAAUUAUUAGAAUCAGGUCCUGAUCCACUCAGUUAUAAUGAAGAUAGAGAAUAUCAAGCUGCCAAUGUUUUAAAUACCAUCACCACUCUUAUCGUUUCUAUGAAUUCAUCUCCUGAAGUUUGUGUUUCAUUAGAACCCAUCAUUCAAGAAAUGCUUAAAUUCAUUCUUGAAAAUGCUAUGAUUUCAUUUUUAUCUGAAGCUAUGGAAAUUUUAGAAACUUUAGUAUUUAGUACUAAAUCUGUUUCUCCAACGAUUUGGAAUUUAUAUGAUGUUUGUAUUGAUUCAUUUGAUACUUAUGCUUUGGAAUAUUUCAAUAAUUUUAAUAGUUUCUUUGAAACUGUGAUCAAUUAUGGAUUUGGUCAACCAACUGUAACUGUUGAAACCCCUCAAGUUCAAUCUUUACUUAAUGUUUGUUUCAAGAUUUUGAAAGAAGAAGAAGUUGAUCCAGUAUUUGCUCAUAUAAGUUUUGAAUUAAUUGAAUUAUUAAUACUAGCAUUAGGUCAAAAAGUGGUACCAAUUUUAAAUACUCUUUUCACUGAAUUAUAUGAUAUUUUCGUUCAAUUAGAAUCAGAAAAGGCAUUCGAUGGAUAUAUGUUACAUCAUUUAUCGAUUUUAAGAGUAUUUUUUGCUGCUUUAUAUAUUGAUACCAGUUCAACUUUAAGAUUUUUAAAUGGUAAACAAUUUAUUCCAAGUUUAUUUAAUUUAUGGAUGAAACAUUCUGAAGAUUUCCAAAGUGUUUAUGGAUGUAAAUUACAAAUCUUGGCCUGUCUUUCAAUCAUUGGAAGUCCUGAUAUUACUUUAUUACCAGAAGAUUUAGUUGGUGAAAACACUGAUAUCUUAUUAGGUAAUAUUGGAGCUUUACCAAAUGCCAUCAAAGCAAGAAAUGAAAUUCUUAAUAGAGAAGAAAAUCUUAGACCUGAUUUCAAUCUUAAUGAUGAAGAUGAAGAAGGAGAAGAAGGAGAAGACGCACUUUAUGAUGAUGAUUUCGAAGCUGAUGAAGCUGAAUUCGAAGCUAUGAAAGUAACCCCCAUUGAUGACGUUAAUGUAUUUGAAGUAUUUUAUAAACAAUUAAUCUCCCUUCAACAUGCUGAUGCUGCUAAAUAUCAUGUCCUUUUCGGAGAACUUGACGAAAGUAAAAAAGAAUUAGUUGAUUCUGUUUUCAAAGUUGUUCAAAGUCAACAACAACAACAACAACAACAAUAA